AUGCCGGUAAUAUGGGGCCUCGAUUUACGGGAGAUACAAUGGGGGAAAUUCAAGAGCUCGUAUAUGUGGGGGAAUAAGGAUUACCAUCUGCGCCGGACCAAGUUUGUACUCUACCAGAUUGCCAUGACUUGCUGCGUUGUCUCCGAGUCAGUCGGCACCGCCGCCCUCACAGACUACGUGAAGCAACAGUCGAGAAUCGAGAAACUGCAUUCAUCCGCGAGCGUGCACAACGACGACUUUGUCGGUAUCGCCUCCUACAACAUAUUCGUGGGGAUCGCUGUCGCCACCGUCUUUGGCGCGGCCUUCUUCUUCGACCUGAUCUACCCUGAGCGCUACGAACCGCCUAACAUCCGAUGGGCGUGGAGGAUCAGUGCCGUGGUCGUCACGCUGAUGACAUUGGCCGACGCAUUGGCCUUGACCGUGAUUGUGGCGACGGGAAAUGCCUGGAUCUCAGCAGACACUGAAGAUGCCCUACUGAUUGCACAGGAGAGGAUCAAUCCUCCACUGAUAUACCGACACAAUGCCCGAGCCCUCGCCAGCGUGGUAUUCUUGUGGAUCGGAUUGUGCGGGACGAUCGCUAGCUGCAUCAUCCUCUGGUUGUAUUAUCAACAUCUUGACACUUACGGUCCAAAGUCCCACUCGGCCCGAACGCGCGACGAGGUCAGCAAGAGCAUGUUGCAUGCCCAACGAGCGACCUCGGACCUGUCAGCAAGAGAUCAAGAACUGUACAACAAGACGAUAUCAGUCUGA